CGUCGCCAACCAUGUCUCUCCCGCAGCCCGUCCCCCCGUCCUGGAAGGAUCUCGGCAAGUCGUCCGGCGACCUCUUGGGCCGCGACUUCUACUUUACGGGCACCAGCCUCGAGGUCAAGACGGUCACGCCCUCCAACGUCGCCUUCAAGGUCUCUGGAAAGCAGGAUGACAAGACUCACCUCGUUAGCGGCGAGCUUGAGGCCAAGUACUCCAACAAAGCCCACGGCGUCGUCUUCACUCAGGCCUGGACCACCUCCAACCUCCUCCGUACCCAGGUCGAGGCAGAGAAUCACCUUGCCCAGGGUCUCAAGUUUGACCUCAACACCUCGCUCGCUCCCAGCGGUACCGGCAAGAGCGCUCUUAUUACCGCCAUCUACAAGCAGCCGGGUCUCCACACCCGCGCUUUCCUUGACCUCUUCAAGGGCCCUACCUUCACUGCCGACACCGUGCUUGGCCGGGACGGCUUCCUGCUCGGUGCUGAGGCGUCCUACAAUGUCACUGAGGGCAAGGUGACCCGUUACGCCGCGGCCGUUGGCUUCAGCGCGCCGGAGUACGCUGUUACCCUGCAGGGUCUCAACAACAUGAACCUCUUCUCCGCAUCUUACUACCACCGUGUUUCCCCUGAUGUUGAGGCUGGUGCUAAGGCCACCUAUGACUCCAAGGGUACCACCCAGAACGUCCAGCUUGAGGUCGGCUCCAAGGUUUACCUUGACAAUGCUGCCUACAUUAAAGCAAAGAUCAAUAACACUGGUAUCCUCGGACUCGGCUACACCCAGGCCCUCCGCCCUGGUGUCAAGUCGUACUUCGGCCUUGCUCUCGAUACCCAACGCCUCAACGAAGUUACUCCCUCCGGUCCUGCCCACAAGAUCGGUGCUCACUUCAUCUUCGAGGGGUAAACUUAUUCUAUCAUCGCUUUGAUUGCAUGCUCCCAAAAAUAUAGUAAAUUUCCUAGUAGGCUUCGAUGUCUCCUCACGUAGUGCUUACUUUGAGAUCUCGGUUCAGAG